ACAGACGUAGCUCCAUUAGUCGUGUUGACUUUCCUCGAUGCUGCUUUUAUGGCUGCUGUCUGUGGAAUGACGGGCCGCUUAUUUCGGAGGGAUUUUUCCGAGAGGCCAAAAUCAGCUCUCGUUGAGGUUCAGAGGAACGCCAGGAAUCCCGCUCUCCUCCAGGAGCUUUCACUGGGACAGACCAAAGCUUUCUGUCACACACCUCCUGAUGAUCCUCUGACGGAGAUUAUGAGCCGAGUGCAUCCUGGAUAUUUAAACAUAAAGGAGUGCAAUAAUAUUUUUCCUUGUUUGCAGUCAUGAUAUUGAUGACUUUAUUGUUUAUGUUUCGUGUCUGUUAAGCUGUGUGCAUCUAAACACACUGAUGAUGAUGAUGAUGAUGGUGGUGAUGUGUGUUUCAGGACGACGUCAUGAAGCCUCAGAGAGUUCGAGUACAGUAUGAAGCCGCCGCAGCGAAUCCAAACACAAUCGUGGGUUGUAGAGUGUGUCGUGUUCCCGAGGGCUCCACUGAACGUUACACCCGCUGGAUCAACUCUCUGGAUCCGGAGCAGCUCCUCACACAGGUGUUCACGUCCCACGGGCCGACGGUCGUCAUGCCCACCUGGUUCUGCUCUCGUGAUUGGUUUGAGGAGGUGGGUGUGUUCGACGAGGGAGGGAAGGGCGUUCCUGAGGAUCUGCUCUUCUUCUACCAGAGUCUUCGUCGAGGAGGUCACGUGAUCCGGCUGGAUGACUGUCUGCUGGUUUACCGCUAUCAUGAACACGCAGCUACUCAUUCAGUGCUGGAGGAGACCAUCUGGAGCCUCCGCGUCGACUUCCUGCAGGAGCGAGUGCUGAGCCGGUGGGAGUCCUUCAGCAUCUGGAGCGCAGGGAAACAGGGCCGAAGACUGUACCGCAGCUUGAGUCCCGGCAACCAGAGGAAGGUGAAAGCGUUCUGUGACGUAGAUGAGAAGAAAAUUCAGAAAGGCUUUUACACAUACGAGGGGUCAAAGGACCGACCCAAACCCAGGAUUCCUGUGCUGCACUUCACCAGAGCUUCCCCGCCGUUCAUCGUGUGUGUGAAGCUGGACUUGACCGGAGGAGUCCUGGAGGCAAACCUGCGCUCGCUGCAGCUGAAAGAGGGAGUGGAUUAUCUUCACUUCAGCUGAAGACGUCUCGGCGAGACUCGAGGAACACUGGAGGAGAGCUGGGAACCGCUCCAUACCUCCCUUCCCAGAGUCCCCGGCUUGAGAAACCUCUCACAUCCCUCUAGCACCUACACUACAACACACACACACACACACACACACACACCCUCUCAGACGUCUGUUUGCAUUCCUGAUGCCGCGUGUCGCUGGAUUUUUCAGAGUGACGCUCAGAAUAAACUCUUCUCCCGCAGACACAUCCGUCUUAGCUCGCUGGCCUGCUCUCAAUCAGGUCCUCUUGGUGUCCGAGACCGCUGGAACGCUACAGAAGCCCAGUGUGUGUUUGAGAAAUCACCACGAACGGGUGACUGUUUAUCUGUGUGUGAGUACAGUUAGUUAAGGGUUAAUAACCAGGACGAGGCUGAAUCUGAUUCUGAGUUUUUUACGCUUCAUGUUGAUUUUUAUGAUCAUAGUGAUCUGACUGAGAAUUUUUUUAUUUAGAAUAGAAUGUUUAUUAGCUUUUGCUCUUCAGCUUAAGCUUAAUUGAAUUAUAGCCAAUAUUAUUCGUCUUUGUUGCCAUACAGUAUUUAUUAUAUUUCAGCGAUUUUAAAUGGUUUUAAGUAACACUGUUUUAGUUUUACGUUUUAUUUCAAGUGCUUGUGCUAUUAAAAUGUAUUUUAGGUAUUUUUUUUUAAAAAGGUUUCUGUUGUGUUUUUGUCAUGUUUGUGAUACUUUAAUAAUUCUUGAUGGAAUUUGACGGGUCUGGCUAGUUUUAUCUGUCUUCUUCUUAACAUUCUUGUGUGUGAGAGAGAGAGUGUGUGUGUGUGAGAGAGAGAGUGAGUGUGUGAGAGAGAGAGUGAGUGUGUGAGAGAGAGAGUGUGUGUGAGAGAGAGAGUGU